CUUUUAGCAGAAAUUUUGCUGAACAAGCCCUAGCCCAUGCCAUCUUCAUCCCACUAGAGUAAGAUCUUGCUGUUGGUAUCCUUCCAUUUUCUAGUCCAUGUCGGGUGUGAGGAGAGGCUACCAUUUUUCCAACACUUUCGGUAAGAACUCUGCUGCAAUUUCGGACCCUGCAGGUGGACUGCACUGGCAGCCCGACCUUCUGUUAGUAUUUUGGCCAUAACUUUCUCUGUAGAAGUCGGAUUAAGCCAUGGAAUGCAAGAUCAAUCGAUAGUUGGUGCUCUGUCUACUCAUUAUCUACUUCUCUCUCAAUCCCUCUAUCUGCAGCGGUGAAGUUUUUGAGUUGAGUUUCUUCGCACCAGGCAAAUCCUCCAACUACUACAUAGGCAUGUGGUACAAGAAACUGUCUGAACAGGCCAUAGUUUGGGUUGCAAAUAGAGAGAAACCAGUCCACGAUUAAAAUUUUUCAGUUUUAAAGAUUUCUGUUGGUAAUUUGGUUCUUUUCAAUGAAUCCCAAGUUCCCAUUUGGUCUGCAAACAUAAGGUCCAUUGAUUCAAGUUCUGUGGAAGCUGUUCUUGGGGAUGACGAGAAUUUAGUUCUGAGAAAUGGGCCUAAUUCUAAAUCCUAUAAUUCUACAUCCUAU